AUGCCACAAGACAGCACUGGUUUGGCAUUUUCUGGUGGUGGCAUCAGGUCAGCGGCCUUUUGCUCCGGAGUCCUGCGCAGUCUACUUAAGAGCAGAGUUGAAGUGGAUUAUUUGAGUUGCGUGUCAGGGGGUGGCUACACAGGCACUGCUUACCUGGACUGGAAAUAUCGCGAAAAAAAGAAAGAUAAAACGAGAGAAGGCGAGGGCGAAACAGACUGGCACGAGGAGUUUUUUAACCAUAUGAAAGACAGAUCAGGAUACAUUUGUGACUGGACUGGCUUUUGGAAAGGCGUCUUCGACACAUUUUUCUUCGUGAGCCUCAUUACUAUAGUACUACUCGUCCAUCCAGUAAUUCAGUGGGGAGCGUAUGCAUUUCCAGUAGCGGUUAUGAUUGAUCUCUUCGGGAUUGGAAAUUUAAUGCGAAAGGCAGCUGACUGCGAUGCCGCUUUUGAGAGACAGAGAGAAAUGAAUGAGUCUGCAGUGCCUGGCAAAGACGUCAUCGAUCGUUGUCUAAAUAGAAGUCCCAAACGUGAUAUCGCUAUUCUUUUUUCUGUGCUGUUUGUUUGUUUUGUUGUCCUUUAUGCUGUCAACUCAUCAGCCAAAAAGUUCUUCUUUAAACACCCUUGUUUAAGAAGCGUUCUGCUUCUGUUUGAAUACUCUACUGGAAGUGUGUUGAUAUUCACGUUUAUCCCUUUUACAAUAUACGACUUUUUUGUGAAGAUCCCAGUCUGGACACAGGUUAUGGUUGGAAUCCUUGCAGUGAUUGUAUGGGUUACAAUUCCUUUCCUGCGGAGAAAGACCUCUUAUGUCCUGAUAGUCUAUGUGUAUUCUUUUGUCAUAUAUUGGAAGGUAUUUAGAGUUGACUUGCCAGUAUUCUUUAUCAAACACGAAGAUCGUCAUUUUCAUUGGCUUCUGUUUGCCUCUGGAGUUGCCUUGGUGAUUUCUCCCUUCACGACAACUUUAAAAGAGAAGCUUGUGUUUGUCUACAAUAGGUAAGAAAAGUUGUUCGCUUGAUUAGUGGAAAUAUUUAUGCGAGCCCGUCAAGAUAAAUUGCAAUGUACCUCUUUGAUCAAUUUCGAUCUUCUUGCGGUUAAAAUCAUCUAUAACAAUGUUCAAUAAAAAUAUUUUUAAAAAUUAUGUGAAUGAAGAAUCUGCAAAUAAAAAAAUGGGCACACAGACACACUUGUAAACCAGCCGGGGAACUCACUGCUUGAGACAUCUGUCUUAACAAACUGACCUUGUUUUGACAUUCCGCUUUCAAAAUCCAUUUCCAUAAGCGUCGAGCUCCAUUUGCGAAAGGGAAGCUUCCACUGUCUAUAAAUUUAGGCAAGGCUAAAAGUGGAGCUCCCAUCGUUUUAUUCAAUACAAACAAUUUGUUUUUCCAAACAAAUUACAAAUCAUACAAAUAACACACAAAAAAAGCUUAACUCAUAGUGGUACGUACAACCAUCCGAGAAUGAAAGGUUAAAGUUGAAGUUUGAUAUGACUGCCAUGAUAUUCACAUUGGCUUAAAUAGUGGAUCCGAUUUUCACUUUACAGGUGGAGGUUACAAAAAGCGUUUUAUCACGAAAACAGCACCAGACUAUACGGAUGUUUAGGCAUUUGUCCUCAAUGGUUAUGCUGCUUAUGCAACUCGAAAAAUGAGACGAGGCCCCUGACCUUAGCAGAUCUGAAAGACAUGAAGCCCGAGUAUAUAUCCAACAUUGUUGUGAACCGUUGGAAGAACAACGAGAAAGACAAAACGAACUAUACCCUGUUAACUAUGUCACCCUCUGGUAUACAGCGUUUUGACCAGAGUGGAAAAGGACAGUUCGAAGGCAAACUGGAACCAGAAGACAUCAUGUUGUCAGAGGCCAUGGCGAUAUCUGCAGCAGCACUUUCCAAACACAUGGGAAAAUAUGAAGAAUCUAUUGAAGGAUUGACUCGUCUUCACACAAUUCUUGGACUUGAAAUGGGGUCCACAAAGAUAAGUGAUUCAAAACACCGAAAACAAAGUUGCGCAUUUAAGAAGGUAAUACUCGUAUUAAACAUGUUUUCUCGAUGAAUUUCUCGUACGUUGUGAAAUCGAUCAGUUGUGGCAAUUUAACAGUGCUUCGCCUGAAAUAUAUAUAUAUAGAAUAACUGGUGUUGGUGUUGGUGUUGCGAACGGCAGACGUUUUUCCUUGCUCAUCGCUGCUGAGAGACGUUUCGCAAACUUCAGCGAACCCAGCAGGCGAUAAGCGAGGAGAAACGUCUGUCGUUCGCAGGCUAGGUGUUGGAAAGUGGCGUACCCGCACAAGAACAACCAACGGAGAAAGCUUCCGCUUUUCGAAGUGGUCUGAAAAACGUGCCGUUUUUACGUUUCAUUUUCCUCUGCAUGCACUUUAUUUUGUUUCUAAAACAGUACCUUAUUCGUUGAAACCAUGCGUAAUGGGCCAUGGAAAUCCGCCGGCCUCCUCUAACUCUUGCUAUUUGCAGGCGGAGAUGGCAAAACGAUGAGUAUAAAAAGAAAGUAUAUAUAUAUGGUUGUUUGUAUUAAAGAGGUUUUGAUGAUGAAAGAAAUGAUUGAGUGUUUUUAACGUUUUGUUCGAAUGUGGUUGCAGAUGGUCAUAUCAAGCGGGCACGUAAAUGGUCAUCACGUUGAUAAUCAUCUUCCUUGAUAAUUGUCUUCGCAACUUUCGAGCAUUUAUCGUACCGUUGAACCUCUCUAAUACGGACACCGAAGGGACAGUGAAGUGUCCGUAUAAAAGUGGUCACUGUGAUGACGUCACUUUUAAGACUGUACUUACAGUUUGAAGUGUUCAGUAGCUAAAACCAGGUCCACACUGGUCUUUAAACUGCAUUUAAAGUUAUUAAUUCACAGUACAAAGACACUGUCUUUCAGUAGCAUAGAGCAUUGUACAUCUGAGCUACAGACAAAUCACUGGUCUAAAACGAAACGAGCAACAGCGCAAAGCUGCAUGGAAAAAGUUGUAACGUAAAGCACAAUUCUGAAAGUGUCUUUCGCUAUUUUGCAAGUGAUGUAAACAGUAAAUAGAGUACAAACUGUAAUAGAAAAGAUCUUAAUGCUAUCUGUAGUUAUUGAAGCCUUUAAAAAGUCGGUUAUGUUCCUUUGUACACCUUUCGCAAAUAGUUGUUUGGUAUAAAGCGACUGGGCUUCAUAUCAUCAUGCACAGAUCAUUAACCAGCCUAGACGGCAUUCACCCUGUGCAGAUCACCUGAUCGAGAUUCGGGAUUCACCUGAGCACCGCAGUGUCCGUAAUAAAGAGAAUAAGUUCACAUGAAUUUACUCUCUGGGGCCGAGAUUUAGUGUCCGUUGUCCGUAUUAGAAAGAGUCCGUAUUACCGAGGUUUUUUUUUAAAAUAUAUGAGAAUUUUGUCGGGACAUUGGAAACUGUCCAUAAUAGAAAGGUGUCCGUACCGAGAGGUUCGACUGUAGUUAGAAAUGAGGUCAUUUUUUAAACCUAUCAAUCAUUGUUCUCAUCACCUUCAUCAUCAUCAACAACAACUUCAUCUGAAUUCAAUAAGUAUUCACCUGUUAACCUUACUGUCGUUCUGGUCAGCAAAACCUUCCUUAUAAGCUUCUUUACUAUCCUUUUUGUCCUUUUUAUAACUUUACAGAUGAAGGAGCUCGUUACAUACAUUUUAAGUGGAAUUCCCUUAACAAUCCCCUCGAUCUUUUACUAUCAUGAUCAUAACCAUUAUGAAUUAUCACUUGUGUGUUCCGUGGGAAUCUUCUUUGGAAUACACGUCAUGCUGGCUGUCAUCGCAGUCCUUGAUUCAGGGUGUGAAAAAAAUCCCAUCAAAGUUCACAGUUCAGAAGUGGAAGAACAAAUAGAAAAGGGAGGAGAAAAUGUCGUGCUAGUUCCUGAUUUAGGAGUGGAAGAGCGCAGAGAAACUGCCACGACAGUUCCUGAUCAAGGGGCGGAAGCUCAAAAAGAAGGAUAUGAAGAAACUGUCGUACCAGCUUCUGAUUUAGGAGUGGAAGAAACAAUUGAAAAAUGCGGAGAAUCUGCCAUGCCAGUUCCUGGGUCAGAAGGUCAAGAGGAAGGGUGUGAAGAAACUGUUAUUGCGAGGCCUGGGUUACGUCAGGAGGAACAGAAACGAAACGAAACUGUCAUCCAGGUUCCUGAUUCAGUGGUGGAGGAAACGGCCACGCCAGGUCCUGUCUCAGAUGAGAACAAAGAACAGAAUGAAGGGUGUCCGGAAAGUGAUAUUCCAAUUCCUGAUUUAGAAGUGCAAGAACCAGGAUUCUGUGAAAAAAUUGUCAGGUGAGAGAAUUGUUUCUGUCCGUCAGGAUGACCUGUUUCUGCUAUUUGAUAAUAAACUGCUUGUUUCGGUUUCCCCCUGCAGUUUGGUUACAGUGGGUAAGUUUUUUCCUAGCUGUUGCUAAAACAUUGAUGUCAGCCAUAUUGUACACGGGCACUAUGUAAGCGCCGAAUGAAUGUGGGCAAAAGAACAGGCUUCAGUUAGUUCUAAUAUAAGACGCAGUUAAGGAAUUCCAUUUGUUUCCAUUUUCAUUAAUACUCGAGGCAAAAAUGAACUAUCAUCAUUAUCAUCAUCAUCAUCAUCAUCAUCAUCAUUCAUCAUCAUCAUCAUCCAGCCAUUAUCAAUAUUUUCUGAGGGAGGGGAGCAUACAAGAUUUGUUUUGAAAAACCAACUAUCCAUCGCUGGCUCUUUUCAGGUGGUUUACUGUGCACAAUUCUUUCGUCUACAAUCUGAGAUUAUUAUUCUCCAAGGACACCAUUGGACCAAUUCCACCAGCAGUCUUGCUACUCAGCGACGGUGGUCAUUACCAAAAUCUGGCCGUUUUGCCACUAUUGCAAAGGAAAGUGAAAAGGAUUGUUGUUGUGGACGGAGGACAUAAAGACAAAGAGGAUAAAUACGGAGACAGUAUUCUUGAUGCACUGAAGAUUGCUCGUACACAGCUGAACUGCUCAUUUUAUAAUGAAGAUGGCAAAGAUGUCAUUGCAGACCUGAUGCGAUCGUUUGUGAACCCUCAAAAACGGAAGAAACCACAUUGUUACAAGUAUGUACUCUCCGCUUUAUCAUACCUUUUCUAUAGUUUGGAUAGAACUCUUUCGGCAAUGACGUUUCUCGUUCUAAUAAAAAUCUAACCUUUUCACUCCUAUAAAGUGGGCAAAGUCAAAUACAACAAAAUUUUCUAAAUAUGAUAAAAAACAGAUGGCACCUUGUGAAAGUAAUGCCGAAGAGGUUUCAUUUGCAUGAAUGGAAGUCGCUAUUCAUUCUGGGAGUGAAAGUGUUACUAGACUGUAAGUUCUUAGACUAUUUUUAAGUAAACAGGAAGUUUAUGCCUCUUAGCGGGUGGGACGUAAGAACGGGCGGGUGCCGAACAUUUUUUUUUUCAGCAAAGAGGACGUUCAGGAGGGUAAAAACGGGUCUACCUUAAAACAGUCAAAUUCUUUUAAACGUCUCAUGCAUUGAUCGCUAAUAACUUUGUCCCCUGAAAUUUUUGCGGUGAUGAUUUCAAGUCAUCAAUGGCGGCAAUGAAUCAUGAGUGCAUGCUUGAAAAAGUUAAAUUGCAAUUCCAUGUUUACUCACAUACUUUGCAAUCAUUAAAGCGCAAGCAAAAUAUGCAGCUGAUCAUCAGGUUGCGGGCUUAUAACGGCAGACAUAACAGCAAAGGAGUUACAGCUCGUGCUUGUACUUACUUUUUUCGUAUCUUUUGAUUAAGAACGAUUAAUACCUUAAUUUGUUUUUAGAUUGAACAGUGUUUACCAUGCUAUAUCAAGACCGAUCACAGUUAACCCUGUAAAAAUGUUUUUAUACAGAUUUAAAGUCCACUAUGAUACAGAAAAUGAAGAUGGAGAAAUCAUUCUUCUGGUUCCAAGGAAACCCGAGGAUAUUCUGAGCAAAGAAAAAAACAAGGAAUUAACUUUCUGCUGCUGCGAGUGUUGUCAUAGCAAAUCAAGUUUAUGUGCUAGUUUGUCUAAGUGCCUUUGUAACGCGUUCCCCCAACAUAACACUGUCAAUCAAUUCUUCACACCCCGGAUGUUUGAGGCUUAUCACGAGGAGGGACGCCGGGCCUGCGAAGAGGCUAAAGCUGAUGAGUUUUUGAAAACUCUUUGCCCUGCAAACAUU